UUUUUGCAUUCAUGAAAUCCGAGGGUAUUCGAUUGGGAUUGUUUGAAAUCCAUUAAAAUCUUGAGGUAUUCAAUUGGGAUUUCAAAUUAUGCUACAAAAUCUGGUGGUAUUCAAUUGGGAUUUUAAAUUAUGCUUUAAAAUCCGAUGGUAUUCAAUUGGGAUUGUUUAAAAUCCAUUAAAAUCUGAUGGUAUUCAAAUGCUGAUGGAUUUUUUUGCAUUUCAUAAAAUGAUGGAUUUUGUGGCAUUCUUCAGUGUAUUUUAAGUUUUUUGAAAUCCCAUCAAAAUCAAUGGGAUUUUGAAGCAUUGUGCUUAAAUCCUAUCAACUCUGCGACAUUUUAUCAAGAAUCCGCACAAAAUCAAAAUCAGACACAAUCCAUUAAAAUCCAUAGACUAAAAACAAUCCAUUAAAAUCCCAAUCGAAUACACCCCUCUUAACCCCUUGAUAUACUCACAUUUCUUUGUUUUUGCAGAUUGGACCUAAUUUAAGCGAUCGCACAUUCAAUCUCAAUCCUGUUAUGUGGUGAGAUCAGAUGGCGGACGGAGGAAAUCCAUCGCGAUACGUGAAAUUGACGAAAGAGCAAGCUGCUCCUACCGAAGACAUUCGCCCCGGGGAGCUUAAUCAGCCUAUUGAUGUUCAUCAGCUGAAUGUUAAGAAGUGCAACGAGUGUGGUCAGCCUUUACCAGAAAGCUUUCAAUUUCCUGCAGAUGAGCCCUGGUCAACCGGUAUUUUUGGUUGUACUCAAGAUACAGACAGCUGCUGGACAGGGCUCUUUUGCCCAUGUGUCCUGUUUGGGCGUAAUUUUGAAGCCUUGAAGGAAGAGGUGCCUUGGACUGGCCCAUGCAUCUGUCAUGCUAUUUUCAUUGAGGGUGGCAUUGCACUUGCUGCAGCAACAGCAGUGUUCCAUGGUAUUGAUCCAAGGACAUCAUUCCUUAUUUGUGAGGGUUUGCUGUUUAGUUGGUGGAUGUGUGGCAUAUAUACUGGUCUUGUACGACAACAACUUCAGAAAAAAUAUCAUCUCAAGAACUCGCCAUGUGAUCCAUGCCUGGUGCAUUGCUGCAUGCACUGGUGUGCAUUGUGCCAAGAGCACCGGGAAAUGAAGGCACGUUUGUCAGACGAUGUUGUAAUGCCAAUGACUAUUGUUAACCCACCUCCUGUCCAGGAGAUGAAGUCGGAUGCUGAGAAUAGAGACGUGCCACCACACUCUGGAAAUGAUGUGCCACCCUCUGGAAAUGACGUUGAGCAGCAAACCAACCUAGAGAUGGUUGCAUUAUAGAAUCGUAAUAUGCAUGGUUGUGGCUACAUGUGGAAUUAUACAAUACUGUCUUGCUAGGAAUUACUCACAAGUAAAACUGUCUUCUGCUUUGGGAAAAGGUCUCCAGAAAGGAUAUGUUCAAAAUUUUUCUGACAAGGAUGUGUGAUUUAUAUAUAAUCAGAAAUCACUUGAAAUGGUUAAACUAAUUUUUAAAUUUGACUAUAGUACACAUUUACUUGCC